CGACCACACCUGAAAUUCGCAACAAUUACGUAGCUCCACGACAACUGGCCACCUUUGAUCUUCCACAAGAAAACCAACUACAAAACCUCGCGAACCGCAACCCGCCAACCUUCUUCGUCUCUGCAUCACGCGAGAGUUCUGCACUCUAUUUAAUUUCCCACUUUACCGCAGUAUCUCGGCAGCUGAGAAACAUCCUCAAGAUGACGCUCUACUACACUCUCGUAUUCCUGCUCCUCGUGGCGGAGAUGGCACUCUUCAUGCUGCUUGUUCUCCCCCUGCCCUUCACCAUCCGACGCAAGAUGUUCAACUUCAUUUCGGAGAACCCUAUUAUAGCAAAGCUACAAUACGGCCUCAAAAUCACCUUCAUAUUCAUCCUUAUCCUCUUCGUCGAUAGCGUCAAUCGCGUCUAUCGUGUGCAAGUCGAGCUAGCGGCCGCCACCGAGGGCUCCAAGGGCAACGCGUCUAUCAUGGGUCACGAGCGCCUCGAGGUGCAGGCCCGCAAGUUCUACUCACAACGCAACAUGUACCUGUGUGGCUUCACCCUGUUCCUGUCGCUGAUCCUCAACCGCACCUACUCCAUGAUCCUUGAGGUGUUGCGUCUGGAGGACAAGGUCAAGCAGUAUGAGGGUACCGACAAGAGAACCAAGGACUCCGAAAAGCUGGCUGUCGCUGGUGACGCGGGUGAAAUUUCGCGCCUCAAGAAGGAGAUCAAGCGCAGGGAUGUCGACAUUGAGACGCUGAAGAAGCAGUCCGAGAGUCUCCAGAGAGAAUACCACGAUCUCUGUGAGAAGUACGGCGAGACGCAACCCCCUGCUGGCACUCGCAAGGACAGAUAGGGUAGUCCCUCGGGCAACGUCCAAAUGGACGGGACAGAUGAGGGGUCGGACACGUCCAGCUGGGACCGUCUCUCCGAUGACUUGGUCAAGUCAGAACGUUGACUAGGCUGGUCGACACAAAAGGACAUGGUCGCAUGUCACUCAUGGCAGCGUAUGACGGAGUUUGCUGUCCAGACGGGGUAGCAGGCAGUGAUGUGCCUAAUGGCAAGGAAAAACAGGGCGUACCGGAAAUAACGGAACGGUUCGUUGUCAUUCUUGACUCUGAAGGGGAUAAUUUCGCGGACCGGGGUCCUUGAUAGCAUACAUCAUUGGCGGCCCUGGUAGGACAAAAACUAUAUCUUAGGAGUUCCUACGACGAGUGUUAUUUUAUGACCAUUCUGAGCCAUUUCGACCCCCACACAACCAACUUACAUCACUAGCAAUACCAUUUUUCGUACAUUUCGCA